CCCUGUGUGCAUGAGUUUUUGCCCGGUGCUUUUUAUUCUCUACUGCCCGCCUCAACUGCGGCAACACGGAAACCUCCACCCCAUUUCCCCACCGAAGGGAAAAAGAAGAAGAAAACAAAACAAAAAAUAAAAAAAACUGCUGGCCUGGACGGCUGUUGGUAUCUAGUAUUCGUUCGUCGUAGUGUAACACGUACAGAGUCACGAGAUAGAGAGACUUGACUUUAGUUCCUCAAAAACAGAAUUUUUUUUUUUAAGAAUUCCUCUGUGCAUCCAAAAGGUGCUGCGAAAGUUUUAAGGAAACAGUUUCCAACAGCGCUAAAAGUUGAAGUUAAUUCUUUUGUUUUCAUCCAGAGUGUGCGAUGAGCCGGAUCAUCGAACUGCCACUUCAAUCUUGUUGUUGCCCAAGUGCAGCAACAAUAAAAAUCGUGCGGUGAAUCGCUUUUAACCCUCCAUUCUCAAAAGACACUUCGACGUGUUUCUUCUAUGUGUCGUGUUUGUGAUGUGCUUCUAGUGUGAGGAAAACAGAUGUUAUGACGUCAGUCUAAGUUGAGCAAAACGAAAAAAACAAACAAAAAUAAAAACCCCCACCCGAGUUCAAGUGACGAAAAGGAUUCUUUCAGAUAAAAAAUCAAGACGUUAAAAGUGGUCGAUUACAAUAAACACGAAAAAAGAUGAACGCUAACGUUCUUUACGGUGUUUGCAACGGUGACGGAGGCGUCGGUGUCGGCUACGGAUCAGCUUCCAAUUACGCAACUGAUUUAACUGGAUCCGUUUAUGGCGGCGUUUACGGAAGUGGUUCCGUCAGUUCAAACAGCGGCGGAGGAUCGUCAGGUCAGGCCUCGACGCCCGAAUCGAGCGGCCCGACCGGUGGCGUCUUAGGAACCGUCGGCCCGCCACACUACCUAACCCACCAGCAACAACAACACACCCCCGAUCCUCGUACACCUCCACUCACUCCACACGAUCAACACACAAACGCGGGACUCCUACAAUCAGGAGACGUAGGAUCGGGAUCGGGAAACGGACUUUCCUACACCAAUUUAGACGCAAACGGUUACGCCACAGCGGCGGCUGCAGCCGCCGCUGCGACAGCCGCUGCCGCAUCCUACCACCUGAGUCCACACAGCGUGGGGACGGGCAUGAGCCAGCAUUCAAUAUCUUCCGUAUCCGUCGGUAAUAGCAGUGCCUACCAAACGGAUUAUUCCGGUCAGCAUCACGGCUCGCCCAAUCAACAACAACACCACCAGCAACUGCACCAGCAACAGCAGCAGCAUCAUCACGCCCAGCAUCAACACGGAAUACAACAGCAACAACAGCAGCAGCAACAACAGCAUCACCACCAUCAACAUCAUCAGGUUCAUCACCAGAAUCAUCACGGACACCCACAUCACCACCAUUCAGUGCAUCACGGACACCACCAAGUCCAUCCGGCCAUGACGGGUCACGGCGUCGUGGUGGAUGGCACCGUCGGCAUCAACGGCCUAUCAGCGGCAGCCGUGGCUAUUCCGACGGGCGCCACGGCCGGCUACGGUUACCCCGAUGUCACCCAAUACGGGGCCCGCGUCACUCAUCCAGCAGCAGCGGCGGCUGGGCAUUUCAGUUCAUCCGUUGGUCCGUACGGCGUCGGCGGACCGUCACUUCGUGACCAAUGCCAGGUCAACGGCAUGCUCAACUUGGUAGGACUUGGAGCGGCCGCAGCGGCGGCAGCCCAGGGCCAGCAUCCUGGCCAACACCACAAUCAACUCCAGGCGCAGAGUGGUGGAGGUGGUGGUGGCAACGGCGGAGGUGUUCAGCCUAAUCUCAAUCACCCAGUUCAGCAACAACAACAAUCCAACGUCCCCACCUACAAAUGGAUGCAAGUCAAACGGAAUGUACCCAAACCUGUUCCUCGACCAGAAUACGGAUUCGGAGGUAGCAGUCCGAAUUGUGGCAACGGUGUUGGAGGAUUGGGCGGCGGAAUGGGCAGCGGUUUGUCUAGCGGUUUAGGAGGCCUUGGAGGCGGUGGUGGAGUUGGAAGUCCAGGUGGAGGCGGAGGCGGAGGUAACGGUAGCGUCAGCGGAUUAGGAAGCCUCGGCGGUGCCAAUAACACGGGCCGGACCAAUUUCACCACCAAACAGUUGACCGAGUUGGAAAAGGAAUUCCACUUCAACAAAUACCUAACGAGGGCGCGGCGGAUCGAGAUCGCAGCCGCUCUACAACUCAAUGAAACACAGGUCAAGAUCUGGUUCCAAAACAGACGGAUGAAACAAAAGAAACGGAUGAAGGAGGGACUUAUUCCACCAGAACCAACCCUUUCGUGCACUUCUCCUUCAGCCCCGUCGCCCGUCACCGAUUCCGAGAGCAAUGCUAGCGGAGGCGCGCCCUCAAAAAGCGAAUCACCACCCACGCCUCUCUAACAACCCCCACACGAAUUUCAAUCAUUUCUCUCUUUUUUUCAUCACGCACCCAUAAAAGAAAACUUCAACAUUAAAAGGGGAAAAAAAAAACAAUAUAUAAAUAUAUAAUAUAAAAAAAAGCUCGACCCAUUCACUAAUUUCCUCGUCUAAAUCUAAUCCUCUAAAAAAAAACAAAAUUCAAUAAAAAAUUGUCAGCACAUGCAAGAGAUACACACACACUCUGAUCGAUUUAAGCAAUUCCCUGCCACAUACACACAGCAAAUGAGAUUCCUAAUUUUGUUUCGCAAUUUUUUUUUGUGUGUGUGUGGUUGGGGAUUCGUGUUUAUUAUUUUGUACCGGUACGAUUUUUCCUGAGAUAAAAACAAAAACAAAAAAACAAAAAAAUUAUAACAAUCACAGUUCCCUUCCGUUUUUUUUUUUUAUAUCGAGAAAAUGAUCGAUAGACGCAAGAAAAGCGGAACGAUUCCCAGAUAAAUCCAACGCACAUUAUCCUUUUUUUUUCUCUCUUUUGCAUGUAAAAAACAAUCCUAGUCUUUUGGGGUUCACUUUUCCUCUUCUUUCAACUUUUCUUUUUUUUCUUUCGGUUUUUGACAACAAACAAAAAAUGACGUACAAAAAACUUGUACCACCUCCGGCAUAAAACCCAUUUUAAAAAAAGAGCCUAAAAAAUAAGGUUUAAAAAUAACUCUUCUCUUUUUUCAGUUUCAUAAAAAAAAAAGGAGAUACAUUUUUAAAGUUUGUUGUUAAUCAGACAACGUCCGGUCCUCUUGUUUUUCAAUAACUAGGACCCUUUCCUUCAGUUGAAAAAGAAAAAAUGUUUUUUUUUGUUUCUCUUCCCCUGCACCACAUUAAAAACAACAUCGCUAUUUUGCGUUUUCCAUUUUUUUUUUUUUGCCACCUGUUUUUAACAAAAAUUGCCCAUGCGCUUUUUUUUUUGUGUGUGCGAGUGCUUUGAAAUGAUGAAACCAAAUACUCCCCUAUCCCCCUAAAAUCACCUAAACGAGAUAUUAUUGUAUGUCGCGAGAAGAGAGAGAGAAAAAAAGAAAAACUUAAAAAAAAAAAAAAAAUAUGCAACACCAUAACCUUGUGUAACGUUGACUGCGUGCAAAACAAAAUCUUUGUAAAACACCAUUUUAUGCUAUUGGCUCACUAUACUAAAAAGAGAUUAAGAGAGAGAUUGAACAUUCCUUCUAUAUACUUAUGUGUAUGUCUCUCGUGUGUUGGUUAUAUACCCUCUGAUGAAAUGACUCGACUAUUAUGAACCCACCACUCACACAGACGAAACCAUUAGAAAAAAAUGGAGAAAAUUAAAUUUUUUUUUAAACCAAUUAAAAAAAAACAAUCUCUAUCUUUUUUUUCCCCUUCUUUUCGUAUAUCUUGUGUUUUUAAAACUUGUAUAUAAACUGAAAUUAUCUUUACUUCUGACAUAAAAGCAAAAAAAAAAAAAAAAAUCAAGAAAAAAAACCACACCAUGUACCGUAUAUGUAUCAUGUUGUAAUAUGAUGUAAUGUAUAACAAAAGCAUCCAAGCCGGUAUUACUAUGUAUUAUCAUCAAGCGAGAUAGUAUUCAUUGCAAUGAUUUUUUUUUUCUGAUUUUAAUUUCGUUUCGUUUGUUUUUCUACCUUUUUUUUUUUUUCUACGGGAGGAAAAUUUAUUCCAUCUAUUUAAAAAAAAAUUCUCUUUUGUUUCUUUAGUUAGAAAACCACAAAAGGGCGCAAACUCGAAACACGAAAAAAAAAAAUAAGAGCACCUUGUAUAUCUUUCCUUGAGCCCUGCCCCCCAAAAAAAAAAAUGGAAAACAAAACAAAACACGAGAAAUCCAGAUGAUGAAACCAACUUUUUCGAUUUUUUUUCCUUGAAAAAAGUAAGAAAAAAAAAACGAAACAAAACAAAAUACACCGUAUGCAUCUGAA